AUGGGAGAACGCGAAGUGCUAAACAAGUAUUAUCCACUAAGUUUUGAUCCGAAGAAGACACCUCGCCUCCGAAGACCAAAGAACCAUCAGAAAAAAAUUAGGUUUAUGCUUCCGGUCAGUGUUCGGUGUAACACGUGUGGUAAUUACAUGUCAAAAGGCACCAAAUUCAAUAGCCGUGAAGAAGAAGUCAUUGGCGAGGCGUACCUAGGGAUUAAAAUCCAUAGGUUCUACUUAAAGUGCACCAACUGCUCAGCGGAGGUGACCAUUAAAACCGAUCCAAAGAACACGGGUUAUACUGUCGAAUCAGGUGCAACUUGCCCUCGUGGACACGAGGAAGAGGAAGAGGAGGAGGAGGAGAAGCAUAAGGGAACCUGA